AUGGAAACGCUGAUCCUCCUGUUCCUGCCGUCCAAUCAGCGCGCUGCGUGCGGAGCCGGUCCAGCGGAGGUCAUCUCCUCUCUGCAUUUUCUCACCCCAGUGUUUCUCUUUCCAGAUUCUGAAGUAAUCUACAGGAACAGCAACGGCCAUGUCAUCAAGUUCAAUCUUCUCACCAAUGAGACUGAGAUCAUCCUGCCAAACACAACAUUUGUGAACUUCAACGUGGCAAAGUUUUCUUUGUCUCCAGAUAUGAAGUACGUUCUGUUCGCCUAUGAAGUGAAGCAGGUUUACCGCCACUCCUUCAUGGCGUCCUACAGCAUCUACAACAUCCACACACGGGAGGUGUGGGAGCUAGACCCUCCAGAGGUGGUGAACUCGGUGCUGCAGUACGCUGCGUGGGGCGUCUCCGGACAGCAGCUGAUCUACAUAUUUGAAAACAACAUCUACUACAGAUCUCACGUGAAGAGCAACUCUCUGCGGCUCACGUCUUCUGGAAAGGAAGGAGUCAUCUUCAACGGAAUCGCUGACUGGCUCUAUGAAGAGGAGAUCCUGGAGAGCCAUGUGGCCCACUGGUGGUCUCCAGACGGGGAGCGGCUGGCCUUCCUGGUGCUCAACGACUCUCUGGUCCCCAACAUGGUUCUGCCACGCUUCACCGGCGCCACAUACCCCAAACAGAAGCAGUACCCCUACCCCAAGGCGGGCCAGCCCAACCCGGCCGUCAAGCUGUUCGUGGUCAACAUCUACGGGCCGACCCACACGCUGGAGCUGAUGCCUCCGGAGGCACUCAGGUUGCGGGAGCAUUAUGUGAGCAUGGUGAAGUGGAUCAGUAAGACCCGGACGGCGGUGCGCUGGCUGAACCGGGCCCAGAACGUCUCCAUCCUGACGGUGUGUGACACCACCACCGGAGCCUGCGUCACGAGACACGAGGAAAGCUCGGAGCUGUGGCUGUCUAAGCAGAACCAGCAGCCUGUGUUCUCCAGGGACGGGUCCCGGUUCUUUCUGACCGUCCCGGUGAAGCAGGGCGGACGGGGCGAGUUCCACCACAUCGCCAUGUUCACCACGCAGUUCCGGGCGGAUCAGAAUGAGGUCCGACACCUGACCUCUGGGAACUGGGAGGUGACCCGGAUCCUGGCCUACGACGAGCCCAAUCAGAACCUUUACUUCCUGAGUACUGAAGGGUCGCCACGGCAACGGCAGCUCUACAGCGUUAAAACGGUGGGUUUGUUUCCACGGCGAUGCCUGACCUGUGACCUUCACAGAACCAACUGCCUCUACUUCAGCGCCGACCUCAGCCCGUCCAACCAGAACCUGCUGCUGCACUGCCAAGGUCCUGAAGCUCCCACUGUGAUCCUCCACAGCCUCAAUAACUCCAAUUACUACAUCCUGGAGAACAACUCGGUGCUGAAGGCGGUUCUGAAGUACAAACGGAUCCAGAAGAAGGAGUACCAAACUGUCCGGGUCGAGCCUUUCGAUUUCCCUCUGCAGAUCUGUUUCCCUCCAGACUUCUCUCCAUUGCGUCAGUACAGCCUGCUGCUGGUCAUUGACAGCGCCCCUGGUGGCCAGGCGGUGAGCGAGCGCUUCUCCCUGGGCUGGGACUCAGUGCUGGUCAGCUCGGACGGCGUCAUCGUGGCCCGGCUGGACGGCCGGGGCAGCGGCUUCCAGGGCCAGCGGAUCCUGCAUGAGGUGCACCAGAGGCUGGGCACGGUGGACGUCCAGGACCAGAUCGCGGCGCUGGAGUUCAUGAUGAAGUUGUCCUACAUCGAUCGCUCGCGGAUUGCCGUGUUUGGACAGGGCUACGGCGGCUACCUGGCGCUGAUGAUGCUGAAGUCGACAGACAGCCUGGUGAAAUGCGCCGCCGCCAUGUCGCCCGUCACCGACUGGAGGCUCUACGCGUCGGCGUUCUCAGAGCGCUACCUGGGCCUGCCGGUACGGGAUGACAGCAGAUACCAGGUGUCCAGCCUGCUGCAGAGCGUCCAGGCGCUCCGAGAGCAGACGCUGCUGCUACUGCACGCCACAGCAGACGCAAACAUUCACUUCCAGCAUUCAGCUGAGCUGGUCAAGAGCCUGGUGAAGGCCGGAGCCAACUACUCCAUGCAGAUCUACCCUGAUGAAGGUCACUUCCUGUCGGCGCCGAGCCGCCAGCACCUCUUUGCGGCGCUGAGCGGUUUCUACAGGGAGUGUCUGAAGGAGGAGCUGCUGCCGCUGCCCGAUGAAGACGAGGAAGAGGAGGAGUGACAGCUGGCGGUUCUCCGCCUGGACUCAGCCGCUGGAGCUGCUCCGGCUUGAAUGAGCGCUUUGUUGUGUGAAUGUAUAAAUAUGUGGACAUGAAGGACAGCGGGACGCCGCGGGGACAACAAGGGGCGUCAUCGCCUCUAGCAUCAACUUCUUCUUCUGGAUCGCUCACGAUCCCAGCUAAGCACACGGAGAACUUCCUACGUUUGUUCCAGGUUCUUCAGACUGCAGCCCUCCACACCCAACAUGUGCACCACCGCCACGCUGGUCUCCAUGGAGACGGCGACACCACCAUCACCACAUAACAGGAUGGAGCUCCACCUGACACCGACACCAUAAACCGAUGGAAGCAACGCACUGCACGUAUGAAGAAACAACGUCCUGUUAGCAUCAGCUGUUAGCAUUCUGUUAGCAUUAGCUGUUAGUAUCAACUAUUAGCAUCAGCUGUUGGCGUCCAGUUAACCUCCUGUUAGCUUUAGCCUUUAAAGGGACAGUCCUCCUGACAAACUGGGUUUCUGGACCAGUCUGAGCUGUGACCUUCUGCUGACCUUGGAUGUCUGGGAUGAAGAAGUGAAGCUUCAUCUGCAGGUUCUGCUGCAGAACCGAAACCAGAACUUUCUCAUUCUGGACCCAUCAGUUGAUGACAUCAGAACUUCAGCUUCAAGAGUUUCCAGACAACCGGCCGAUCUGACCUUUAACCUUCAGUAUUCUAAUAAUCAUCCCACAGUCCAUUUCCUGCAAUAAAGCAGCGAAUCAGAACCGAGUCCGUAGUUACAGUCCAGUUCCAGAACCAAAGAUCCAGUUUGGUUGUCCAGCUUACAGAAACCAGCACAGAGUUCUGUCAGAAAACACACCAGACUAAAUAAUAAUAAUAAUCAUAAUAAUCAGUGGUGGGCUCUGCUAGCUAAAGAGCUAGCUGUGCUAACUCUAACGCACAAAUCAUUGUUUCUGCUAACGCUAAAGUGCUAACUUGAGU